GCAGACAGCUAGUUACCGAGCUGAAGAUGGUGAAGAUGGCCGCUGUGAGGAUGGCUGCUGGCCGCUUUGCUGCGAUUAUUGCGGUGUUUCUCUGCGUCCUCUCUCCGGGGAGCUGCAGCGAGCAGGUUCCGCUGCUGGUGUGGGCCAGUAACGGGUUUUCGCUGGCCUCUCAGAAUGCCCCCGCCUCCGGUCACAUCGUGUCCAGCAGUCAGCUGCAGUCCUACCUGAGUUCAGCACUCAGCUCUGCACCUCAUAAUGUCCUGCUCUUCCUUCAGGAUAAGCUGAGUGUUGAUGAUUUCACCAUGUACGCUGGAGUUUUUGGCAACAAACAGGACACUGCUUUCCCCAAUCUCGAGGCGUCUCUGCGGUUGUCCUCCUCUCUGCUGCUGCCGUCCGUGUCCUCCUCAGCCAGUGCGACCCUCCCCACUCUCCUGCAGGAGCAGCUGGACACGGCUCCGCUCUACAUGGACCCGGACACUCUUGCCCAGCUGCGGCUGAACGCCUCCCUGCCUGCCCUGCUCAUCUUCCGCCUCCCCUACAGCUCCGGGUCUGAUAUGAUGUCUGCAAAAGAGGUGCUCAGUGGUAAUGAUGAGGUGAUUGGUCAGGUGCUGAACAUCAUGAAAGGCCAGUCUGUCCCUUACACAGCUAUAUACACUGCUCUCAGACCCUCACGGGUAAUUGAGGAUUCGUCUCUGGCGGUCCGCUCUGUGGGGUCCCGCUCUCUGCUGCAGUCCCGGCGGGGCGGCCCUCCUCCCCCGUACCCUCCCGUAGAGUUUAAGGAGCGCGGAACCACCUGUAUCCUGAUGUGGGCUGAGAACCUGACCGUCAGCCAGUACCGCUCCGGCAGGUGGGAGAGACACGACCUCGCCCCCAAAACCUUCGGGGAGGGGGUCUCUCCCAGGCUGGAGGGCUCCUCCUGUAAUGGGACACACUCCAGGCUGGUCCUGAACUACGAGAACGUGUUGAGUUACCGUAAUUUUAAACUGAUUUUUGUGAUGAGGCAGCGGCACUAUAAGGUUUCUGCACGCCGCUGGUUCACCAUGGAUCUGGUGCAGCUGGAGUUCGACGGUAAAAAGGCUUCCUUUAACGGCAGCCGCGGAAUCUACGCCCCCGCCGAGUACUCGUACCGCUGCGACUCCGUCACCAGCUUCCGCUACGCCCAGCUCACCCCGCGCUCAUCCAAGGACAACGCCAAUGACUGGAGGAUCAGCUUCGACGAUUUCCAGAUCCAAGGCUUCAACGUGAGCGGCAAGGACUUUUCGUACGCCAGCGACUGCGCCAGCUUCUUCACUCCAGGCAUCUGGAUGGGUCUCCUCACAUCCCUGCUGAUGGUGCUGGUUCUGACCUACGGCCUUCACAUGAUCAUGCAGCUCCACACCAUGGACCGCUUCGAUGACCCCAAGGGCCCUGCCAUCUCUGUCCCUCAGACGGAGUAAUUCCAAAUUCCACCUUAAGAAAAUCCACAUUUCCUGCAUUCCCACAUUCCUUCCCACUGUUUUCCCCAGGUUUCCAGCUCCAUCGGUGAACCAUGUGACCAUGUUUGAGCGUUUGUGUCUGCAUGAUCAUCGUUAGAAUGAAUAGAAGCUAAUCCAUUCCACUCAUCACUCGCAGGUACUUGUGUUUUGUGCGUGUGUGUAUUUAUUAGUUUUUCAUUAUAUACGGUACAGGCCAAAAGUUUGGACACACCUUCUAUCUUUUUCAAUGCAUUUUCUUUAUUUUCAUGACUAUUUACAUUGUAGAUUCUCACUGAAGCAUCAAAACUAUGAAUGAACGCAUGUGGAGUUUUAUGUACUUAACAAAAAAUAUAUAUGUUUUAUAUUCUAGUUUCUUCAAAAUAGCCCCCCUUUGCUCUGAUUACUGCUUUGCACACUCUUGGCAUCAUCAUUCUCUCAAUGAGCUUCUCUAAAAGAGGUGGCCACCUGAAAUGAAAUGGUUUUCCAACAGUCUUGAAGGAAGGAGUUCCCAGAGGUGUUUAUUAGCACUUGUUGCUCCUUUGCCUUCUUCACUCUGUGCUCCAGCUCACCCCAAACCAUCUGGAUUGGGUUCAGGUCCGGAGACUGUGGAGGUUCAGCUCAUUUUUUGUUAAAUACAUAAAACUCCACAUGUGUUCAUUCAUAGUUUUGAUGCCUUCAGUGAGAAUCUACAAUGUAAAUAGUCAUGAAAAUAAAAAGAAAACGCAUUGAAAAAGAGAAGGUGUGUCCAAACUUUUGGCCUGUACUGUCUGUUUUUUUUUUUGUUUUUUUUUCCUGUAUUUUGGGUCAGUGUUUUAUUUGGUACGACUGUGUUUACAUUUCACUCCUCCAAGGACAAAAGCUUAUUCUAAGAGGUUUAUUUCAAGCUUUUUUCAUUCCAUCUCAUAUAUUUAUUUGUGUUUUUGUUUGGAAGAAAGUGAGGAAUAAGGCUGUAGUCACUGACGGAGUGUCUAUUAUACUUGAAUUAUAUAAAUUAAACGAGAAAGGUAGCUAAUAAUGACUCAAGAAAUUAAGUAAAAAACUAAAAACUCUUGGGGUUUGGUGUCCGAAGCCGCUUGAUUUAAGAAUUCCUCCUAUUUCUUAAUUAUUGGUCCAGUAAUAAAUAGUGCAAGAAAAAACAUGAAUCAGAUUCUGAGUGCUGCCACUAGAGGGCAGCAGUUAUUCCUGGAACAGUCAGAUGCUUCCAUGCAUCCAAGAUUCUCCAACAUCCAUCAACCAUCCACUUUUAUAUUAUAUUUAUAAAAUAUAUCAAUAAUGAUUAGCCAGCCACACCACUUAAACCACACUUCUGCUCCUCCUACUUAUUCUACAGAUCUGGAAAGAAAAUAAUAAGAGAGCACUUCAGUUUCUGAAUCAGUUUCUCUGUUUUUGCUAUUUGUAGGUUUAUGUUUGAGUAAAAUGAACAUUGUUGUUUUAUUCUAUAAACUACAGACAACAUUUCUCCCAAAUUACAAAUAAAAAAAAAGUAAUUUAGAGCAUUUAUUUACAGAAAAUGAGAAGUGGCUGAAAAAAACAAACAAAAAAAAGAUGCUUUCAGACCUCAACAAGUUCAUAUUCUGGUUUUCAAUCACAGUUUGCAUGUUCUCCUCCACCAGUCUUACACACUGCUUUUGAAUAACUUUAUGCUUUACACUCCUGGUGCAAAAAUUCAAGCAGUUCAGUUUGGUGGUUUGAUGGCUUGUGAUCACCCAUCUUCCUCUUGAUUAUAUUCCAGAGGUUUUUAAUUUGGUAAAAUCAAAGAAACUCCUAAUUUUUAAGUUUUAAGCUGUAUAUAUCAUUGUUUCCUCUGAAAUCAGGCCUGUUAAAGGCCUCUAAUGUCCAGCAAAAGCUUCUUCUUACUAGAUUUUGCAGGUAAAUGUUACCCAAAUUUGGUAUUUCUUUUAAGCUGUUCACACCAUCUGUCUGAACAGUUUGCACUUUGUAAGUGGCACACGUGCAACAGAGCAGUGCUUCAUGUUAAGUUUCACUUGAAUCCCAACCAGAAUUUCAAAAGCUAUGAAUGAGUAUAGACUGCUGCUGAGCGUUUCACCGAGAAUCUGCUCGAGCUCCUUUUAAAAGGACUCAUUAUUCAUGUUUAUUGUUUAUUUUCAUUUGAUUCUUCAGCCACAAUCUGUAGGCAUGAUUUGCCAAUUCAUUAGGAACACCACAUGGCUGCGAUAUGAGCCUUCUAAUAUUAUUAUUGGAAGAAAUGCAUCAAUUUAAAUAUUUUAAGCUCUGCUUUCCACUAUACUCACUAUACUCUCUUUUUUAUUUAUUUAUUAAUUUUUUUCCUCUCCCCACCUCUUCUUUUUGGCGUAAAAGUCACAUUUAGUGCUGUUCUAUUACAGUAUUUACCACACUAGAGCUCAGUGAGCUCUUUACUGCAUGGCUAAGACUGAAAAAAAAACACCUGAAAUCAGUGAUUGAGCAUUUUUUCCCCCCAAUACUUUAGUCUGUAUAGUGUAUUUAAUCUGUGCUGUUCAGAGAUUGAGGAGCAGAAAUGUGGAUUAAGUGUUUAAACACAGAACAGGGAUAAAAACAAAGGUAUAAAGGGAUAUGUGUUGUGUACAAAAUAGUUGGAUAAAGCAAAUUUUUAUUUUACCUGAAGCUUCUUUCCAGUGUCUAAAUGCUCAGUUUAAAAUGGAACAAUACUUUAUUUUUGAGUUGUUGAGUUAUUUUGUUUGAAUACACAGUGGGAACACUCUUGAAGUGGAGCAAUCUGAAUAAUUGUACAUAUAACCAGAUGAAAAUAUUGCUGUUGUGUAGCUAGAUGAAAUCUAUUAUUAUUUAUUUGUGGCAUGUGUACGUUUGUGAAGUUGUGUGUGUGUGUGUGUGUGUGUGUGUG